GGGAUUACAUCACUGCCAUUUUUCUAUAUUGGAGUAAUUAUUACGAUGAUGAUGAUUGUAGAAAGUAGGAAAAAGGAAAUGAAUCAGGCGGCGGCAGAGCGAUCGGAGAAGUCUGAAGCUAGCCUGGAAGCUAUGGCAGAGUGGUACAUGGUCUCAUGAAACGACGACGCAUCGCAAGUCAUCUUCCGGAACUGCCUGGCUUUCUCCUCCGUGAAACACCCGGGAGCCAACCGGGUUUUUGCUGCUGGCUUCCACUCUGACUCAGCCCCCUUCUUGCCGUCCGGGACCGGGUUCAUGUAGUCCGGUUCAGAUGAGAAGCCGAAAAGUGGAGCCCACCACUUGGGAGAUUUCUGGUCGUGGGCGAAGGUCGUGGCUGGUUUCAUCAGGGGCCGGAAGGGUAGCAUGUUGGACGCCAUUAAUACUCCCUCACGUGGUGUAUAUGUGUGAGAGAGAGAGAGAGAGAGAGAGAGAGAGAGAGAGAGAUUGGUGUGUAUGAAUAAUGAGGUAUGGGGCUAAUUUAAGAUGGUGGACCAUCACGUCGCAACAAAAGUGUGACCGCGUAAGCUGAUGCAACGAGGUAUGGUCGUAUAAAUGAAACUUUUUUUUUUUUUUUUUUUAACUUGUUUUCUUUCAUUGAAUGUCCCAAAGAUAUAAAUUUAUUUUUAAUAAAGAGGAGUAUUGUUUUUUCACUCGUUUAUUAAUAUAUUUUUAUUUAAUUUUUUGGUUGAUUGCAAUUUUAAUUUAUCAUUAAAUAAUAAAUAUGAACAUAUAAAAUUAGAAAGUUUAUUUAUAUACUUUUAUUUUUAAUUUUUUGUUUUUAAUCCUUGUAUAAAUUUCAAGCCGCCUAUGUAAUUAAGAUGAAUGAAGUAUUUUUAAAAAAGUAUACUAGUAUCUAUGAUAAGAAGAAACUGGCAGCAGUCAUGUGUACAAACACUCAAGUAAAUUCUAACAAUGCUCUACAAAUAAAAGUUACAUUUAGAUCGGUUUGACGGUCAUUUUUUUGUAUCAAGUCAUAAUUGAUUUGAGAACAAUUUAAUUUUGUGAAACAUAUCGUAUUUGAAUUAAAAUGAAAAUUAUGAUCUAUUUCCUCUGUUCAUGAAACAAUUUGCCGGAAGUAAACAAAUCCUUACGCUCCAGUCAAUGCUUUUCUUUCUGUUACUUCGAAAGCAGCUGCUUCAGCUUCAACCACUCGAAUUUUCGAUUUUUAUUCGACAUUCUGUACGGAACUAGUACGUAGCACUUGUACGGAGGUGCAUGCAUAAAGAUUUGGAACUUAAGCAGCGGAUAAAUUUCCGAUAGCGAAUUACUUGACUCGAUGGAUGGUUUUCUAGAAGAAUUUCAUUUUUUUUUGGAACGUCCACAAUUUUUUUUACAUAUUUUUAGAUCAUACCCCACCACUUAUAAUACUUUAUUUACUCCAAUUUUUUCAUUUUUUUAUAACUAUUUUCAAUACUAAUUACUACUCCCUCUGUCCACGAAAUAGAGUCCCAUUUAAGGGUGGACACGAGUUUUAAUUAAAUUGUUAAAGUUGUUGUAAGUAGAAUAAAUGUACAAUUUAUAGUGAUAAUGCAAGUACAAAAAAAUAGAAUAAAAGUACAAUCUUAGUUAAAAAAACAGAAUAAAAGUUCAAUUUAUAGUUAAAUAUAAGAAAAAAAUGUAUGAUGUGAUGGUUCAAAAAGUUAAAUUAGACUCGUUUUUGUCAAAAAGAAAAGGUAAGUAGAAAUCUUUUUUGUGUACGGAGAGAGUACAAUAUAUUUUCACCACUUUUAAUAUGCUCAAUAAUUUUUUCUUCACUCUCAACACACAUAGUAAUUUUUUUUCUUAAAAUUCGUGUCACACUCCCUCUUAGGAAGUCUUUUCAAAUUAGUAUAUUUUAAAAGAUAUGAAUAUUUUUUUUAUUUUUUGUUUUCACUAAGCAAAAUAAAUACUACUCCCUCCAUCCCAUGAAGCAUGACACACUUCUUUUCGGCACGAGAAUUAAGAAAUUUGUAUUUUAUGUGUUAAGUAUGAUAGGUGAAAAAGUGAAAAUAUUAAUAAAUAGUAAAUUUUUUGUCAUUUUUAGAAACGUGUCAUGUUUCAUGGGACAGAUCAAAAAGAAAAUUGUGUCAUACUUCGUGGAACGGAGGCAGAAUAUCUAAUUUACUUGAUUUCAAUAAUUCCAUGUUUUGUUUUUGCACUUUAAAGUGAAUCAAGUGGUGAAUGUGGUGGGGCCUAUGAUGGAGAUCGCCCAGCAACAUUAUCUUGCAUAGGUAUCCCUGAAUAAAUGUGGUAACCAUGAUAUUAUAUACUUCUCCAAUAAUUUGUUUGGCAUCACACUAUUUAACAAUACAUUUGCAUAUUAAAUGACUUCUUGAAUACCACAAUCCAAAAAUUCACAAAAAUAAAACAUACGAAAGCAUAAAAAUAGAAAUCACGGUUACAACUUAUAACGAAUUGAGACCACAUCCCAUCUAUAUAUAACUUUGUUCAUUUAUGAUCCAUUAAUACCGGGCAAUAACUAUUAAUAGAUAUGUCCAAAUUAUACAGCAAUUUCUUCGGAAAAAAAGGAUAUAUAAAUUUUGAAUGGAAGCUGCUAUCAAAAUUUCCAAACCAUCAGAACCGGAAAACCAGGAAAAGCGCUUUUCUUGAAGCAGGAAAAGAGCUUUUCGUGAAUCGGUUUUCCCGGCAUGGCGUUCAUCCAAUGGGGCCUGAUUACGCUCAUCGUGAUCCUCUGCGCUGGGCCCACUUGGUCGGCCCCAUCGAUCAUUCAGAUAACGCCGGAAAAGGAGACCGACCGCCGCCGAGCUGACGACCUGUACUGCAGCAGCUGGCGGUUCACGGUGGAGACAAACGACGCCGGCGCCUGGACGCGGGUGCCGCCGAGGUGCGUCGAUUUCGUGAAGGAGUACAUCACCGGCGACCUCUACAGCUCGGAGCUGGAGGCCGUGGCCGCCAAUUCGGAGGCGUACGCCAGGGCUAUCGGGGUCUCCGGCGACGGGAGGGACGCCUGGGUUUUCGACAUUGACGAGACCUUGCUGUCCAAUGUGCCCUACUACGCCGUCCAUGGAUUUGGAUCGGAGAUCUUUGAUGAACCUUCUUUCGACGAAUGGGUAGAGUUGGCCGAGGCUCCUGCCAUAGUCCCUGGCUUGAGAUUGUACAAGGAGCUACAGGAGCUAGGCUUCACAAUAUUUCUGUUGACCGGACGGGGUGAAUAUCAGAGGCACGCUACCGAGCGCAAUCUAAUGUAUGCUGGAUUCACCAGCUGGCAAAAGCUUAUCCUCAGGGGAAACUCUGAUAAAGGUAAGCCGGCAUCAGUGUUCAAAUCUGAGAAGAGGAAGGAGAUUGAGGAUGCAGGUUACAUAAUACACGGGAGCUCUGGAGAUCAGUGGAGCGACUUGAUGGGAUUCGCUGUGGCAAGACGAUCCUUCAAACUACCCAACCCCUUAUACUACAUUGCCUAGUUUGGAGAGAAGAACUCAUUUUUUUGUCUGCUCCAGAGAAUUAGUUACUAGUCUUGCAAAAUAUUUCCAGGUUUUUAAAUGGAAUUCUCUUGAUUCAGAUGCAUUGGCAGUUUGAGGUCACGGAAGGUCAGAUGAAGUCCCUUAGUUUUGUUUCACAUAUCUGCAUUUUUCAACUUUUUAGUCUGCUGUAAAUAUUCUGGAUUUUUAUUGACAUAACUUUUUUGGCAA